AUGGCUGCUUCAAUAUCCUCAGGUGCUGACCAGAGUGCCCCCUUUACACAGCCGGUCUGUCAGAACUGUCAGACGUCGACCACGCCGCUAUGGCGCCGCGACGAGGCCGGUUCCGUGCUCUGCAACGCCUGCGGCCUGUUUCUCAAGCUGCACGGCCGCCCGCGACCGAUCAGCCUCAAGACGGACGUGAUCAAGAGUCGCAAUCGAGUCAAGACCACGAGCACAGGUCCCAAGAAGAAGUUUGAGCCAAAUGGGGGCCCGCCCCCUCAGACCGACAAUUCCAACGGGAUCAAUCCUCACCGACGGGUUUCACAGAUGGCCGUAUCUGUCGCCUCUGAUCGAUCGCACUCGCCCGUGUCGCGUACAGGGACCCCUGGAGCUCACCACGACCCGAACAUUGCCCCUCAACAUAUCUUCGACGGCGUGUCAACCGCGGCAGACCCUCACUACAACAACAGCAACCACCACCACCACCAACACCACCAACACCACAACGGUUCUCCCACCGACCCAUCUCUCCAUCCCAACCCCACGCAACCCUCCCCCAGCACCGCCUCCAUGCACAAUAACAGCAGCCAACACGCCGAAACGCCCAUGAGUUACGACCAGCUCGCGGCCCUCAACACACGCCUGCGCACGCGAGUGUCCGAGCUCGAAGUCAUCAACAUGGUGUACCACGACAACGAGCAGAACCUGUGCCGCGAACGAGACCGGGCCAUCCAAGAACGGGAAGAUUGGAAGCACAAGGCCGAAGAGUUGCAGCGACGACUCCAAGAAAUUGAUGAACAACAACAACAAGGACACAUUUCGAAGAAGCCACGACUCUCAUCACAAGAACUCAAAGAAUGA